AUGCGCCGUGCAGCUGCAUCCUCACUUCCCCUCCGCAUAGUGGGCGCAUCGCUCAACGGCUCUGCCGCCCGAACCCGAGGCAUCACAGACCAGGCCCGCUGGAAGGUUGCGUCCGUUACCGAGUAUCCUUACGCAACAAACCGGAAAUGGGGGCCAGAGGAGGACGGCUUCGGCGGUAGCGACAGCAACAGAGGGAAACAGGGGCAGCUGCAAAAGAUGAACACGGCCCGAUACAAGAAUACGACCGCCGAGUCGACAACGGCAUUUUGCGCAACGACGAGCAUCAGAGGGGCAAGUAUCAUUCAGAGCCUCCAGCACCUCCACGACGAGCUGGUCAACUACCAUGCGCCCGAAGUGAAGCAGCCGACUCUCGAGUCCAUCAAGCCCGCAAAGUCAAUGUUCGGAUCCUGGUUCGGCGGGGGAAAGGCUGCCGAGGCUGCAAUAGGAGCGAUCCCGAGCAACUUGCCCCGCGGGCUGUACCUCUUUGGCGAUGUCGGUAGCGGCAAGACGAUGCUCAUGGAUCUGUUUUACGACACGCUGCCGAGCUCAGUCAAGACCAAGACGCGUAUCCACUUCCACAACUUCAUGCAGGAUGUCCACAAGCGGCUACACAAGAUGAAGAUGCAGCACGGCAACGACGUCGACGCCGUUCCCUUUGUGGCAGCGCAGAUCGCGGCGCAGGGCAACGUUCUCUGUUUCGACGAGUUUCAGUGUACCGACGUGGCAGACGCCAUGAUUCUGAGAAGGCUACUAGAAGCGCUCAUGUCACAUGGCGUCGUACUGGUCACGACAUCGAACCGACACCCCGACGAACUCUACAAGAACGGCAUCCAGCGAGAAUCCUUCAUCCCCGCGAUCAAGCUGCUCAAGAGCAGGCUCCACGUCAUCAACCUGGACUCCCCGACAGACUACCGCAAGAUCCCGAGACCGCCCUCGGGCGUGUACCACACCCCGCUCGACGCGCACGCGACCUCCCACGCCGAGAAGUGGUUCCGCUUCCUCGGCGACCCGGAGAACCCGGAGCCGCACCCGGAGGUGCAGAACGUCUGGGGCCGCGAGAUCCACGUGCCGCGCGUGAGCGGCCGCUGCGCGUGGUUCACAUUUGACGAGCUCAUCGGCAAGGCCACGUCGGCGGCGGACUACCUCGAGCUGGUGCGCAACUACGACGCCUUUGUCAUCACCGACUGUCCCGGCAUGACGUACCGCCAGCGCGACCUCGCCCGACGCUUCAUCACCUUCAUCGACGCCGUGUAUGAGUCGCACGCGAAGCUGGUGCUGACGACGGAGAAGCCGCUGACGGAGCUGUUCGUCUCCCGCGCCGAGCUGGAGGAGUCGUUGGAGAAGCAAGGGAAGAAGGACGAGGCCGGACAGCAGCAGAGCGGUGGUGAUACCGCGGCGGCGACGCAUCUCCUGGAGGACCUGGACCAUAAUAUUGAUUCCAUCAAGGGCAUGUCGGGCCUGUUCUCGGGAGACGAGGAGGCGUUUGCGUUUGCGCGCGCGCUGUCGCGUCUGAGUCACAUGGGCAGCAAGGAGUGGGUUGAGCGCGGUAUGGGGUUGGAGCAGCAGGGCGGCAAGAAGGAGCGCGACGACUGGGCCAAGGUCCGGAGUCGGCAGAUGGAGGACAGCAUGUAG